AUGCAGGGAUCCAAAUUAGCAACAACCCAACUACCAUUUGCUUCGGCUUCCUCGUCCACUCUAGAUGACAUUCCGGAGAUCGAGAAGGAAGCGAUGCCUCCCGGUUCGGCGUCCGACGUCUUAUCGGUCCAGGACCUCGAGAAGGGCGAAGAAGCUGUGGUUCCAGAACGUGCGUGUCCAACUCAUAAUUCGCGCGAUGAUCUCGUCGAGUUCGAGGGUCCACACGAUCCGGAAAACCCCAAGAGUUGGUCAAAGGCAAAAAGAUGGGGAAUCACCGCUUCAAUGGGUCUAAUGACCCUGGUCGUAACUUUCGCGAGCUCAGUCUACGCCGUUGCUAUCUCACCCGUAGCAAAAGAAUUCCAUAUCGGAGAAGUUCCUUCAACUCUCGGAGUAUCGCUUUUCCUGCUUGGCUUUGUGUUUGGCCCUGUCCUCUUUGGUCCGGCAUCCGAAGUUUUUGGCCGGCGUGUACCACUCUUCGCAGGUUAUAUCAUUUUCGCCGUCUUUCAAAUUCCGGUGGCCGUGGCUCAGAAUGUUGAAACAAUCAUGCUCGGUCGUUUCUUCGGAGGAUUUGCGGCUUCAGCCCCAUUGGCCGUCGUGGGAGGUGCCAUGGCUGAUAUCUGGGGACCCGUUGAAAGGGCGUAUGGGAUUUGUGUGUUCGCAGCCUCUGCCUUCACAGGGCCGGUUGCUGGGCCUAUCAUCGGCGGUUUCGUUACCCAAUCUUAUCUUGGCUGGCGAUGGACCGCUUGGAUUACCUUGAUCAUGGCUGCACUGUUCGGGUGCAUCGGACUAGUUCUGAUCCCUGAGACCUCCGCCGCGAGGAUAUUGCAAACGAAAGCCAAGCGAUUACGAUAUGAAACGCAAAACUGGGCACUCCAUGCGAAAGCCGAUGAAAGUCGAGUCAACAUACAGACAUUGACGACCAUAUAUCUUGUUCGGCCGUUUGUCAUGUUCGUCCAGGAACCAAUCCUGGCCCUUAUGACUGCAUACAUGAGCUUCAUUUACGGCAUCUUGUAUCUCCUAUUCGAAGCCUAUCCAAUCUCAUUCCAGGAACAACGGGGCUGGAAUCCUGGCGUUGGAUCCCUUCCGUUUGCCGCUUUCAUCGUCGGCAUUGCGAUGGGGACAGGAUUGAUUGCAUUUUCAACGAGGACCAACUUCACAAAGGCCUUCAAAACACACGGCAAGGUCAUUCCAGAAGAGAGAUUGCCUCCUAUGAUCGUCGGAGCGGCCGUCCUCCCAAUCGGCCUCUUCUUAUUUGCUUGGACGUCCGAUCCUCAUACUACUUGGGUCCCUCAAGUGCUUGCUACGGCCCUCCUCGGCAUGGGCUGCCUGGUAACCUUCUGGCAGGGAGUUAACUAUAUCAUCGAUUGCUACGGUUUCUAUUCCAACAGUGCCAUCGCUAUCAACACUUUUGUCCGAUCUAUAGCUGGUGCAGGCUUCCCCCUGUUCGCCCCGGCUAUGUAUCACAACUUGGGUGUAGCAUGGGCAACCUCGCUACUGGCGUUCCUUUGCGUGGUCUUCUUCCCGGUGCCAGUUCUCUUCUACAUUUACGGGGAGAAGAUCAGAAAGAGAUCAGGGUUCAGGCCAAUUGGUUGA